CAAAAUACCUUUUUAAUUUUUCGCUCUCCUUUUUAAUAUAUUAAGAAAGAAGUUUUUGCAUAGAAUCUUUUAGGUAGAAUAAAAAAGCUUAUUUGGAGGGAGUAAAUAUGAAGCUCCUUUAAAAAUCAAACUAGCAUAAUCUUAAUGUUUUAAAUUGCUUCUUACAUUUAGAUACAGUAAUUUUUAAUAAUUAUAAUUUUUUAUUAACACUGUUAGGGAGCUCUAUCUAUUUAGCGUUAACCCUAAUUGACCUAGAUUUCCAAGAUAUAAGAUAUCAUGAAAAGAUAUAAAUUAUUGUGACUUCAACUCUCUUUAUAUUUAAUAUAGUUUUUUAUGUAGUUAAACGCGUCAAGUAAAACUUCAAAAUAAUGUUUCAUAUACUUUAAAUGGUUAUUGUCUUGUUGAGUAUGGAGGUAUUCUUUUUGGCAGAAAAGGGUUAAAGCCAAGCUUAUUUUAUUUCUUUGUUAUAAUUAUAGCAUAUACUUUGCUAAAAUAUAGAAAAAAAUAUGUUAAUUUAGUUUUUUGUUUGGCUCUCAGUUCUCUAUCUUUCAAUUAGAUUAUUUCUUAUGCUUGAAGUCUAUUCAAGUAAUUCUAUAAUAGGAGCAUGCGUUAUCAUAUUUUCCUAUUUAUUUGCUUUAGUUUUUGGCUAAAAUGUAGAAGUUAGUGAGUAAGAAUAACAUCUUGUAAACUAAAUAAAAUAUGAUGUGGGAGAAUAAAUACAACAGAGAACUAAAAAUAUAUUUUAGCUAUAUAAGAACAGUCAUAUAUCAACUAAAAGCUAUUUAAAUGUGAAUAGUAACCAGCCAAGGAUAAAGGAAAGAGAUAAAAAAUCUUCGACUUAAAUUUUAAUAAAUAGAGAUGGUUCAAAUAUAAACCAUGUUGAAGAAUAAUAAAACCUUAAUGUUACCAAUUAAAUACAAACUCCACUUGUUAUAGGUGUUAGAUAAAGAGAGAGCUAGAUUGAAAGCGUAAUAAAUAGUUAUCGCUUGCCAAAAACGGAACAAUAAAAUAUGAAAAGUCAGCUUUUUUCAGAUACGGAUAAACUUAACAAAAAUGAUAUAGCCUCUCAUUCGAGCUCUAAUUUACUUAAUUAGAAUUUAACAAACAUCCCAUAAAAUGAGGAGUAAUAGAAGCCCUCACUGCAUGGUUUAGAAUAAAAUAGUAUUUUGUAAGAAUUAACAAUAGGAUUAAUUAUUAUCGACGAUGCUAAAAGAAUAUUAUUUUCAAACGAUCGUUCUCACUAAAUUUUAAAAGAAAACAAUUAAUCAAAUCUGAUAAAUAAACUUUAAGAAUACUAAACAUAUUCAAAAGGAUAUUAAAAUAAUAACAGGCAAUCUAAUCUUUACCAUUAAGACUUGGUGAAAAGUGCAUCAGCAAAAGAUGUCUUUGAGGAGAAACAUUCAAAAUAAGAAAAAAAGCCAGCAUAUUCAUAGAUUUAGAAGAUGAGUUCAAUAAUCUUAAAAGAAGAAGAUUCGUGCUCUCCCUUACUGGAUCCAAAAAAAAGAAAAAAGGAUAAUAAAAAAGGUAGUGUGAGAAUAUUUCCUUCUUUAAGAGAAAUAAUAAGCUAAAACAAUAGCAUAAUAGAAAAAGAAAGUAGUAAAUUGAUCAAAACAAAUAUUAUAAUUAAUGAAGACAAACUUUCUUCAAGUGAUUGGAAAGAUGAUGGGUUGAGCAUACUUCAGCCCUUCUGGAGAAACUAGCAUGGGUAUAAACUAACAAUGCAUCAAAAUGAACCUUCUUCUUUUUUACCUUUCAAAUCUGAUUAGCACAUAUUGAAUUCAGAAAUAAAAAAGAGCGAAAUUAGGAGGUUAAAUAUAAAUUUAAAUAAAGAGCUGUAGAGCUUUUUGAAAUCUAAGUAAAAUCAGACUGUAAGCAUUAGAUAAAUUUUUGAAAUUUUAUUAGAAGCUGGCAAUUAUUAAUCAAUAGAACAAAAUAAUUAAAAUUGCUUAUUAAAAAGUAAAAGCGAGUAACUAAUUGAUACGGAAUCAUCUGAAUCUAAGUAUUUUCAUAGAAAAUAAGAAUUCAUAAAUAGUUAAUCUAAAACUAAAUAAGAGUUUCUUUAGGGUUCCACUAUUAUUAGAAAUAGAAGAGACUCUUUUAAUAGCAAUGAUAAUGAUGAUUCCAUUUUCUAAAGCAGAGAUAUUAAUCCCCUCAACUGCAGCAUUUAAGAUAAUAUUUUGGUUAUAAAGGCUUAGAAAGGGAAUGAUAUCAUUGAUUUAAAAAUAUCUGCGAUGCUUGAGUUUUUAACAAUAUAUGAAACCAAAAGUUAAAGAGGGAGUGGAAGCGGUGAAACUAGAAAUGAUAAUUGCUAAGAAAAAGUUAGCUUAUCUCCUUAGAAGUUAGAAAAAAUAAGUGAGUCUCUUGAGGAGUUUAAAUAACAGCAUAACUAAAAGUUUGGUAGCCAAUAACUAACUUAAAUCACCAACAACGAAUAAAAGACUGACAGAAUCAUAUUUAACUUUGCAGACAGAAAUAAAAAAUCAAACAAAAAAAUAAAAUUAAGUGAUAUGAAACUCUUUUUAAUAAUUGAAGUUUAAGAUAAAAAAGAGGACAUUAAAUAAGUAAAUUAAGAGGCUUUUAAAGAUUUUAAAAAUAAAAUACUUUCUUCUCUAUCCCAUGAGUUAAGAACUCCUCUAAAUUGCAGCUUAUAAAUGCUGGAAACUAUUUAUUAAAGUGAUAUCCUUAAUUAAAAUUAAAAAAAAAUGUUUAUACUUCCUGCCAUCAACUCUAAUUAUCUUCUGUUAAGUAUGAUUAAUGAUAUUCUAGAUUUUGCACAGCUCAUAAAUGGAGGUCUCAACUUGCAAUUUGAAGUUUUUAAUAUUGUCGAUCUUAUUAGAGAAUGCAUGAGCUACUUCACUCUCUAAGCUGCUUACAAAAAUAUUCACAUGGAACUAAAUUUUGAGAAGUCAAUACCAAUUUAAGUGAAAUCUGACUCUAUGAGAUUAAAAUAAGUUAUUAUUAAUCUUUUAAGUAAUGCGAUAAAAUUCACAAACUAAGGUUAGAUAUCAAUAAAUGUUGACUAAGAAGAAAAAGAUUUAAUUAGAAUAUCGAUUUCUGAUACUGGGUGUGGUAUUUCGCCUGAAAUAGGAAACUAAAUUUUUAGAGGUUUAGAAUUUAAUUAUAAUAAUACUUAAUUUAAUACAGAAGGAGCAGGAAUGGGAUUAACUAUAGCAAACAAUAUAGCCAAAGGUUUAAGCGGAAAUAGGCCUAUUCAAUUUGUGAGUGAUAUGGGAAAGGGAUCCAUCUUCUCAUUCUUUGUUUUAGAUCGUCCUUAAAAAAUAAUCGGAUGCAAAUCAACUAAGUUUACAAUAUUUAAUCGUUCAUUCACUAAUUGGAAACCUCUAUUUUAAGAGAAUUCAGAUAAAAUUCAACCCUCAACAGUUUUUGACUAACUUACAUAAAACAACAAUCGCAUUUUAGGAUCAAAUUCGGUACUGCCUCCAUUAAAUCACUCAAUAAUACCAAUGAAUAGCUAAUUUAAUCAAAGUUAAUAUUUAAUACAAAAUGCUUAGACGCCGCAGGUUUCAUAAAUGUAUCCAAUAGUUAAGAGUAAUACUUUUUCAAAUACAUCUUUGCCUGCUAGAAGUUUUAAUGAUUUUGGCCAAAGAAUAGCUAAUUAUGUAAACUCCAAUAAUAACUAAUCUAAUCUUUAGCAGCCUAUUCUAACUAAUAAUAAUAACAAAUAUUAAUCCUAUUCAGAAGAUUAAAUACAUUCUUUUAAUUAAAUUCCAAAAAGUUUCUAAGACCUCAGUCUCAAACAUACAUUAGAAAAUAACCUAAGCAUUGAACAAUCAAAUAAUAAUUAAAACCACUAGAGUGAAGGUAAUAUAAAUGUUGAACAGUCUUUUGAUAUUCCAAAAUAUAAAUAAACUAACGAAUAAUAAAUCCAUAAAAGAAACAUAGAACAUCUCUAUAGAAUUUAAUAGCAACUACUCUAUAACAAUCAUAUGUAACUAUAAAAUACUCAACCAAAUUAAAAAUAAGAACAACCAAUUUCAUCUUCUUUUAAAAAUAUAGCACUUAAUAAUAAUAUAACAAGUUUAAAGCAUAUAGAAGAAAACAAUUCAAAUACUUUAGUGAAAAAAAUAUCUUGUGAAGUAGAUACUGAGUAUUCUAAUUUGAAUAAACCUGCUUCACCAUUAAUAUAGUAGACAUAUUAUGUUGUUGCUCAUAAAAAGUAUAGUAAAAAUUAGCAAUAAAACUAUCAGUUUAAAGGAAAUCAAGCAAAUAAAAUAGCAUUUGAAGAUACCUUGGACAAGCAUUUAAAAUAGGGAUGCUUUACAGACGAGCCUUCAGGAUCAUACUAAUACUAUUAAAGAGAUGAUUUUAGCAAUAAAUAACUCUCACCUAAAAUUGUAAGCAGUUUAAGAACUUUACAUAAUGAUGGAUUUUCAGUUCUAGAACAAAAAAUAUCCAGACUUGAUGAUGAAAUUUCUCAAUAAUAAUGGCAAAGUUAAUAAAAUCAAUCAAACAAGAAUUCUACCAAUUUUUCUAAAAAUCCUAUUCGUAUAAAAGAUUUAGAGAUAGAGGAUAUGCAAUCAAAUCUUUUGUUUUUCUUAAAUUCAACAUUUGUUCAUAUGUAACAAUCAAUUAAUUUGCAAUAGUAAUAACAACCUUAAUAGUCAUAUGCACAAAACUUGGUAAACAACAAUUAAAAUAUUUCGCCUAAUAAUAAUAAUACUCUCCCAAAUAAUAGCUUUAGUGGGUAAUCAAAUGUAAGCAUUAAUAAUAAUAACAGUCUACUAAAAAAUAACCAAUCUCGCUUGAUAGACAUCUCUCCUAGAUCUUAAAAGACUUUACAACCAUAGAUACCAAUUUAAUAACUAAGUGGUUCUUAUUAAUCUCUAAAUAUUUAAGGAGGAAAACUUAUUAAAAAAGUACUUUAGUUUGAAAGUUAGAAAACUUUUGAAAGUAAUCCACAAAAUUCUCCUCAUAGUUUACCUGUUAAAGAAGAAAUGAGAUAGAGAGUUGAUUCAAUCAUGUCAAGAAAAUAGGAAAGCUUAAAUAUAAGAAUGGAAAAUAUAAUAGAAAUUCAUGAAAACUAAGAGCAUGAUGAUAAUAGUAAUAGUGAUAACAACCUAGACUAUUCAGCCAAAAGUAGUAUGUAAGGAAGUAUGUAGAAAUAGAUAGAUAUUUAAACAGAAUAAGUAACAUACAAAUAAAGAAUUAUCUAAAAAAAUAAGUAAAAAACAUGCAAUUGUUCAAACGUAUUGGUAAUUGACGACAAUGAAUUUAAUUUGUAUGCCUUAGAAAUGAGAUUAAAGCAGUAUGGGUUUAAAGUAGACACUGCUAGUUCUGGAAUAUUAGGCUAAUAAAAAGUUAUUGAAAAGCAUGAAACAGAUAGUUGCUGUAAAGAAUAUACAAUAAUUUUUAUGGAUUUAGAUAUGCCUGUAUAAAAUGGAUUUUAAACAACAAUAAAUAUUUUAGAUUACUAUAAACAAUAAAAUUAAAAACCACCAACAAUUUCUGCAUGCACUGCUUUCAUUCAAGAUUCAGAAAAAAAAAAGGCUAGGUAAGCUGGCAUGAAAUACUAUAUUACAAAACCAGUAGAGACAUCCUAUCUCGAAAAAGUAAUAUCAAAAGUCUUAUUCAAAAAAAAGUGACAAUUCAAAAUUUUAAUAAAAAAGAAUAAAUUUUACUAUCAAAUUAAUAAGCUUAUUUUCUAAAUAAAGCGAUGUAUAAAUUACAUUAAUAUAUUAUUUUAAAAACUAAUAUUAAUCAAAAAUCAUAUUUUUCCUUUGUUUUGUUAUUUAUCAUACAUAUAAAAUAUUAUUAUUUUUAUCUAAUAUUCAAUUGUUCAUUUUUAUGC